AAGCUCAGAAAAACGACAGUAUCUAUCAGUUGUUUCUCGUAUGUAAAGCGACGACGAUGGCGAAUCUGCCCGCACUGUGGUUUAUUGUGUUUUUACAAAUAUUUACUACUGCUCGUGGUGACAGUAAAAAGUACUGCACCAAAACUGUUUUGGAUUAUAAUUACAAAUAUGUGACUUACUGGGAGACGUAUGGCAAUUGGGAGGAAGAUCCCGAUUGUUGGUUUUUUUGCGACGAUAAAUAUGUGAUACACAGUUACAGAAGUGGAGAGAGAAGAAAAGUAAGUUACACCCGUAUGGUACAAGAUUGUUGUCCUGGAUACAGAAAAUGGAGUAUAAUUUCAAAUACACUCGAUUGUAAGCCGGUGUGUUCAAGAUCAUGCAUUAAUGGGCUGUGUGUUUUACCAGAAACUUGUCAGUGUGCAAAAGGAUAUAUAAAAUCAGAUCCGUAUACCUGCAAACCAUUCUGCUCCAGUGGUUGCCCACACGGCACCUGUAUCAGCCCUGAGAUUUGUAAAUGUGAUGUCGGAUGGCAAGUGGCUGAAGUUAAAGGAUCAUCAAAUAAAACAUGCACACCGAUUUGUUCCAAGCCUUGUGUAAACGGAACAUGUAUAGGUCCUGAAAAGUGUGCCUGUAAUACAGGAUGGCAAUUGACUAGACUGAAUAACUCAAAAAUCAGUUCAUGUCAACCCAAAUGUACUAAGCCUUGUAUCAAUGGUACAUGUGUGGCACCAGAAACUUGUCACUGUGCAAAAGGAUAUAUAAAAUCAGAUCCGUAUAACUGCAAGCCAUUCUGCUCUACUGGGUGCCCAAAUGGUGUUUGUGUAGACCCAGAAACUUGCGUCUGUAACUCAGGGUGGCAACUGAUUCAACUUAAGGGUAUCAACACAAAUAUAUGUCAACCUGUUUGCUCAAAACCCUGUAUUAAUGCUACAUGUGUUGGCCCAGAAGCCUGUAUAUGUAUAAGUGGAUAUAUCAGGACUGAUAAGUAUAGCUGCAAGCCUUUCUGCUCCAGUGGGUGCCCACACGGCACCUGUAUUGGCCCUGAGACUUGUAAAUGUAUUGACGGUUGGGGAGUGAUUAAAUCAGAAGGGUCCACCAACAAAACCUGCCAACCUAUAUGUUCAAAGCCUUGCGUAAAUGGAAUGUGUGUAGCACCUGAGACCUGUAAAUGUAUAAAUGGAUAUUCCAAAUCUGGAAAUUAUAGCUGCGAGCCGGUUUGCUCCAACGGAUGUCUACAUGGAAUUUGUGUAGCGCCUGAAACUUGUAAUUGUCGUCCAGGGUGGCACAUAUCGAAUGACAAUAAAACUUGUCUCCCAGUUUGUUCCAAGCCUUGUGUAAACGGAACAUGUAUAGGUCCUGAAAAGUGUGACUGUAAUGCAGGAUGGCAAUUGACUAGAUUAAAUAACUCGAAGAUUAGUUCAUGUCAACCCAAAUGUACCAAACCUUGUAUAAAUGGCACGUGUGUUGCCCCAGAGACUUGUAAAUGUCUUGAUGGUUACGUGAAGUCUGACGAGAAUGUAUGUAUGCCUCAUUGCCAUGAUGGAUGUCCUAACGGCGUUUGUAUCAGUCCAGACACGUGCGUCUGUAAUCCUGGCUGGAAGAUGACACAGAACAACAUACUGAAUGGAACCUGUCAGCCGGAGUGCAGUCCACCUUGUGUCAAUGGUUCUUGUACAGCUCCCGGAAGGUGCGAAUGUUAUUUUGGCCAUGAGAAAUCGGAAAAGAAGAAUGUCUGCCGACCACGCUGCUCCAAUGGGUGCAAGAACGGUGUAUGUGUCAGUCCUGAUAAUUGUAUCUGCAACGCUGGAUGGGAAACGAGGAAUGGGUCGUGUCAGCCGGUGUGUACUACACCGUGCGUGCACGGCGCAUGCGUUGGUCCUGACACCUGCGUGUGUCUCGCUGGGUAUGAAGCAGGAGACAACAAUACUUGUGUGCCACGCUGUGCUGCCGGCUGUUCUCACGGAGUAUGUGUGAGUCCUGACAACUGUAUGUGUGACCCGGGAUGGCACAGAAAUACCGUCAAUGGCUCAUGUGAGCUUGAUAGUCCGAAAAACAGAAAGAAGAUAGAAAAUUGGAUUCAAACCAACUGGGUAUAUGUUGCGGCGGUUGGAGCCAGCAGUUUGUUGCUGCUAACUUUCAUCUUCAUAGUAUUAUGUUCAAAGAGAAAGCGAUCUUCUCAGAAUGAUGGAGCUACAGUAAUUUCGGUUCAAGAAUUCGUUCACAAAAACUUCAACCCCCACAAGACGAAACAAAGUUACGACGUAAAUUGCAAGAAUUCAGAACUUACAAUGAUAUUAAACAUUGAUGUUAUUAAAAUUCUUAUUUGGUAUAUUAUAGUGCUACAACUAACACAAGUUUCGAGUCAAAUUUGUGUAGAAACUAAACUGAGUUACCGUGAUGUUCCUGAAACCUAUACAUAUACCUACAUGGAGGCUUACGAGAAGUCAAACUGCCUGUUCUGGUGUACCGAUACUAGAGUGGCUACUGCAGUCGGUACGAGAAUUGUCCGUAAACCAGUGCCCGAACAAGUUCACGUAUGCUGCGAAGGAUACACACAACAUGACAACAAUAACGGGACCAGUAUUAACUGCGAGCCUUAUUGUUCACCUCCUUGUGUUAAUGGCUACUGCAAGUCUCCAGGAGUGUGUGCCUGUAACGCUGGCUACUUGCCCGACACGUUUGCCAAUCAGAACUGUUCUCCUUUGUGCAUCAAACCAUGUAACCAUGGAACGUGUGUCGCACCCAACACGUGCAAAUGCGACGAAGGCUACAACCUGGUCGACGAAGCAUGUGAACCAAUUUGCUCUAAACCUUGCUAUAACGGCACCUGUGUUACUCCAGAAACCUGUCAGUGCCUACCAGGUUACAAAAAAACUGAAAAUGAUACAUGCGAACCUUUUUGCUCCAACUACACUGAAACUGGCGACUGUAUCUAUUCAGUUAUUUGUGAACCUGGAUGGAAUAAAGUAAUUAGGGAUUCAAUUGGAAUAUGUGAACCAAUAUGCACAACCCCGUGUAACAAUGGGACUUGCGUAGCACCCGAAACAUGUAAAUGUCUCGAAGGGUACGAGAAAACUGGUGAUAAUAACUGUCAGCCGCAUUGUUCUUGGUGUGAACAUGGCACCUGCAUUGGUCCUCAAAUUUGCCUUUGUGAUCCUGGAUGGUAUAAAAACGAGUCGAAUGGCAAUUGCCUUCCGCAUUGCGACAAUAAAUGCGGUAACGGCACAUGUAUAGCUCCAAAUACUUGCGAAUGUUUACCAGGUUAUGAAGUUACUCGAAGAGACAUUAAACUUGGUGAAGAUAGUGCGUUGUGUAAUCCCGUAUGUAAUCAUUGUGACGGUAUGUGUGUUGCUCCUGGGACAUGUUUUUGUGAACCGCCUGAACAUAUGUUACUUGUUGCCAUUAAUGGAGAGCCAUGUGACUGUGUAGACAAUUGUUCUGAUUCAGCACAUAAAUGUGAGAGAACAGUUUGUCUGCUAACUACUACAGUUUCAAGUGUAACUAAAAUGAAUGCAGUCAAAACUUCUGCUCCUAAAGAUACGGAUAUUUAUACAUUAAGACCAACUGAUAUUGAGAUAGUUGAGGGGACUACAGAUAAGACUACGGAUUGGGAUCAAAAUCAAUUAAUGAUUAGUGAAGCACCAUGGUACAACUCAAGUUGGUUCUACGUGGUUGGAUCUCUUACUGUAAUGGCAUCAAUUGUAACGAUAGCCGCCAUUUUGAAAAGGAGAUAUUUAAGAACAAUCAGGAGACUAUUUAAUAGACAGAUUUCAGAUUCCGAUACAACUACAGCUGUACAUUAUUCACAAAACAUUGGCUGAUACAAUUAAUUAACCUGUUGCUACUUUAUUUUGAUAU